AUGUCGAGAGAUAUUACUGUUCUUGUGCCAAAUGGAAGAAGAGUAAAAGUGCAUUGUACAGCAGACACAAGUAUUUUACAGCUGUUAGAAGAUGUAUGUAAGAAACAAGGGAUUCAACCUUCCGAUUAUAAUUUAAAACAUCAUAAUCAUAUAUUAGAUUUAACUACAACUAUUAGAUUUUGCAAUUUACCUAAUAAAGCUCAACUUGAAAUGGUAGAAGCAGAAAAAAAACGAGUGGAAUCAAAUCUUACUAUUGGAUUAACAUUAAAUGAUGGUGAAAGGAUGACUGGUGACUUUUCCCCCAAUACUUCUCUUUAUGAUUUAAUAAUAUCAUUGGCUCCUAAUGAAUUACGAUCUUUAAACAAUCCAACAAUUAUGUAUAUGAGACAAGAGGUGGUUGGUGUAGAUGCUUUGAAAGGAAAAUCAUUAAGACAGUUGGGUUUAAUUAAAGGAAGAGCCAUACUGCGGUUGUUAGACAAAACAGAAGCUACACAAGCAAAUGUAUCAUCUGUCUAUCGUCGAGUACAACCAGAAAAGGAAGAAAGCCGUUCAGCAACCAAUCAAAAAUUAGAUAAAUUUGAAAAGCCAGAAGUUGAGGAAAAUAACAAACCAGGUCCAUCUGGAGUUCAUAAUGAUAAAGCUGUGCCUAAAACAUUGGAUCCAGUGAAAACAAUAUUGAAAGAGAAGGAGCAAAAAACCAAUAUUGAUAAUAAUGCCACUCUAACACCUCUGCAGGAUGUCGAAAGCAAUGAUAAGAAAAUAGUUUCUGAACAAAAAUUCACAACACCAAAGUGUGAAACUUCAAACCCUACUAUAACGCAAGAAAGCUUAGAAAGACGACUUAAAAUUGAAGAAGAAGUCACUUUUAUUGGAUCUCAGAAAGCGGUGGCCUUUAUGCAGCCAGACGGGAAUGAGGAUGAACUAUCUGACUUGCCUGAUGAUUUUUAUGAGUUAACAAUUGAAGAAGUUAGGAAAAUGUAUCACGAAUUACAACAACGCCGUAUUGAUUUGGAAAACACGCCAAUGCUAACCUCUACGAAACGAGAAGAACUCGAGCAGGCAUCACUAUCAAGAUUAAGAAAUUACAAGAAUGUAGUUGUACGGAUUCAAUUUCCAGACAAUAUUAUACUCCAAGGUGUGUUCACUCCAAAUAACACUGUAGAAGAUGUGCAAAACUUCGUCAAGGAGCAUUUGCAUGAACAGAAUAGGCCAUUUCAUAUAUUUACAACACCUUUAAAAGAAAUUUUAGACCCAAAGAUUACAUUGCUAGAAGCUAAGUUUGUGCCCUGUGUUCACAUGCACUUUAAAUGGCUAGACGAAAAACCAAACCAGUCAUAUUUAAAAGAAGAAAUAUAUUGUAAUAAAACUACUAGCGACGCUGCCAGUAUUCUAGCGUCGAAGUACCGGGCACCAAGCCGAAGGAAACUAGAAGAAUCAUCGAAUAGUUCCCAAAAAUCAAAUAAUGGUUCAUCUACAUCUAAGGAGAGUAAAUUGCCAAAAUGGUUCAAGAAA